CGGAGUUGAGCCCCGGCCGAGCGGAGUCCCCUCGACGGCACCUCCUCCGGGGAGACCGAGGCGGCCCAGUUCUUCCCCCGCCGCGAGAGUCCCAGCGCCCGGCCGCCGGGAGGGACGACAUGGAUGCCUGGCGCGGCGUGUGAACGACGCUCCGGCCGGUUUUGCGGGGCGGCGUCUUUUCCAGCCCUUCUCGGGACUCCGACGGGCCCUCGGAUUAAUCUCUUUCUCCCCGACGGGGGAUAUUUUUGCGGCGCUUGAUCGCGGGUCCUGCGCCGACUCCCCUGCGAGGAACUCUGGCGGCCCUGGCGCUAUGGAGCUGCGGCUUCUUUACCUCUGGGUUUCCCUAGCCGCAGCGGUGGAAGAAAGCCUCAUGAACACCAAACUGGAAACUGCUGAUUUGCAAUGGACAACGUACCCACCUGUGGACGGCCAGUGGGAAGAGCUAAGCGGGAUGGAUGAGGAGCAGAACAGCGUCCGCACCUUUGAGGUGUGCGCUGUCCACCAGCCCAACCAGAACAACUGGCUUCGGACCACCUUCGUCCCCCGCUCGGGCGCCACCCACGUCUACGCAGAACUCCGUUUCACGGUGGUCGAGUGCUUCUCCAUCCCCCGGGUCACUCGCUCUUGCAAGGAGACAUUUAACGUCUUCUUUUACGAAGCCGACGCUGACGUGGCCACGGACACUUUCCCAGCGUGGAUGGAGAACCCGUACGUCAAGGUGGACACUGUGGCAGCAGAGCAUCUCACCAGGAAGCGGGCAGGAAUGGAGGCCUCGGGGAAGGUGAAUGUGAAGACCCUCAAAAUCGGGCCUCUCUCCAGGGCUGGUUUCUACUUGGCUUUCCAAGACCAAGGGGCCUGCAUGGCCCUCCUCUCCGUUCGCCUCUUCUACAAGAAAUGCCCCUCCAUCACGGUCAACUUCACUGUGUUCCAAGAGACGGUGCCCAGAGAACUGGUCAUGCCUGUGGCUGGUCAGUGCGUGGUCAACGCCAUCAAGAUCGGCUCCAGACCCCUCAGCAUGUACUGCCGGGAGGAUGGGCAGUGGGCCGAGCAAACCGUCACCGACUGUGCUUGCGCUGCAGGCUACGAGCCCUCCGAGGAGAACACCAAGUGCAGGGCCUGCGCUGCUGGGUCCUUCAAGCCCUUGCAGGGCGAGGGCUCCUGCUUGCCGUGCCCCUCCUACAGUAAUUCUCAUCUGCCGGGCUCCAGCGAAUGUUCCUGCCGCAUUGGCUUCUUCCGGACCCGAAACGAUCCUCCGACAAAGCAGUGCACAACCACCCCAUCUGCACCGCGCAGCAUUGAGGCCAGGAUCAAUGGCUCUGUGGCGGUGUUGGAGUGGAGCGAACCCUUGGAGAACGGGGGUCGAGACGACGUGGCUUACCACAUCAUCUGCUCUGAGUGCCUGGAAAGGCAAUCCUGCCGCCUCUGCACCCGUCUGGUUUAUGCCCCCAGAGCCAGGGGGAUCGUGGACCGCACAGUCACCAUAGAGGGGCUUCAGCCGUACAUUACGUACUCCUUCCAGAUCCAGGCUGUCAACGGCGUCUCUGACAUGAGCCACAACCCACCCCAAGUUGAAUCCAUCAAUAUUACCACCAAUAAAGAUGUCCCCCAGCCUGUUUCUGAGAUCCAGCCGACAGCUGUCACUCCAAAUGGGAUGACCCUGGCUUGGCCCUCCGUCCAGCCUCCAACUGGGAACAUCUUGGAUUACGAAGUCAAGUAUUACGAGAAGGGUGUCGGGGGACCCAUGUUUGUGAAGACCUCUGUGAACCGAGUGACUUUGACCGGGUUGCGCCGGGGUGCUGUGUACGGUGUUCAAGUCCGAGCCCGUUCGGAAGCUGGAUAUGGUGGUUUUGGACCUGAAAGGGCCUUCCAGACUCAAGGGGCUGAGUUGGGAAGCAGCAUGGAGCAGCUGCCACUCAUUGUUGGCACCCUGGCCUUGGGAGUUCUCCUGGUCCUUGCGGUUGUCGUAGUGGCUGUUGUCUGCCUCCGGCGCCAAGGUUCCUCUGGGUCACGGGAGGCAGAAUACUCUGACAAGCCUGGGCAGUACCUGAUUGGGCACGGCACCAAGGUCUACAUUGACCCUUUCACCUACGAGGACCCCAACGAAGCCGUUCGUGAAUUCACCAAAGAAAUUGAUGUCUCUUACGUUAAAAUCGAGGAGGUCAUUGGUGCGGGUGAGUUUGGAGAGGUCUGCCGUGGCCUUCUGAAAGUGCCUGGGAAGAAAGAAAUCUACGUGGCCAUCAAGACGCUCAAAGGGGGCUACACGGAGAAGCAGCGCCGCGAAUUCCUCAGCGAGGCCAGCAUCAUGGGGCAGUUCGAUCACCCCAACAUCAUCCGCCUGGACGGCGUCAUCACCAACAGCGUCCCGGUCAUGAUCAUCACGGAAUUCAUGGAGAACGGGGCCCUCGACUCUUUCCUCCGGUCCAACGACGGCCAGUUCACACCUAUCCAGCUGGUGGGCAUGCUGCGGGGGAUUGCGUCGGGCAUGCGCUACCUCUCCGACAUGAGUUAUGUGCACCGGGAUUUGGCAGCCCGUAAUAUCCUGGUCAACAGCAACCUCGUCUGCAAAGUGUCAGACUUCGGACUCUCCCGCUUCCUGGAGGAGAACUCUUCCGACCCCACCUACACCAGUUCCCUGGGUGGGAAGAUCCCAAUCCGAUGGACAGCGCCCGAAGCCAUCGCCUUCCGCAAAUUCACCUCAGCCAGCGAUGUCUGGAGUUACGGCAUUGUGAUGUGGGAAGUGAUGUCAUUUGGAGAGAGGCCAUACUGGGACAUGUCCAAUCAGGAUGUAAUCAAUGCCAUUGAGCAGGACUACCGGCUGCCCCCUCCGACCGACUGCCCCACUGCGCUGCACCAGCUGAUGUUGGACUGCUGGCAGAAGGACCGGAACGCUCGGCCCCGCUUUGCACAAAUCGUCAACUCCUUGGACAAGCUGAUCCGGAACCCGGCCAGCCUCAAAAUCAUCUCACGGGGCAACGGAGGGCCAUCUCACCCCCUCCUGGACCAGCGCCUGCCCCACUACUCGUCCUUUGGGUCUGUGGGCGACUGGCUUCGGGCCAUCAAAAUGGGCCGCUACGAAGAGAACUUUGCCACUGCUGGCUUCACCUCCUUUGAACUCGUCAGCCAGCUCUCAAGCGAAGAUCUGCUCCGAGUUGGGGUGACGCUGGCUGGCCACCAAAAGAAAAUUUUGUCAAGCAUUCAAAAUAUGCGUGUCCAGAGCAAGGCUGGUCCGUCUGUUGGUACCAAAGGAGGACAUUACUGACCCAAGUUGUGCCUCUGGGCUCCUUCAACCAACAGGAUUCAGGGGGUGAAACGAAGUGGUGGGCUUGCGAUUUGGGAGGCCAGCUGCCUCAGGUCCCCCACCCCUUCCUUUUUUCUCUUUCCCUUUGGAACAGGAUAGUCACUGGGGAAUUGGCAGCUGCCUCCCCGACAAAUUCUCUCCACUUUUUUUUAAACUUGAAGAUGGAAGACUCUUUUUUGCUCCCCCAGUCAAGUUAUGAAACGUCCACUUCUAAAUUGGGCGGGGGAUCCACGGGUGCUGCUCGCUGUGCCUCAUCUCAGCGUGGCCGCCUGCAGCAUUGGCUGAGGAGGCUGCCGGAUCUCCCGUCUCUUCCAUCUCUGGCUCAUCGCCUGGGUCUCUUUUGCGGCCAAUUAAAAUCCCAGGCCCUCGGUGCCUUGAAAUAAUUCUCCUGUGUUCUGAAUCUUCAGAAUAGUGAGAUGGAAAUUUCAAAGAUGGCCUCACAUUUAUCCUGCUUCCCAGACUGCUCUUCUGUGAAAAACGGCGCACUUCUCUAGUCUUCAGGAACAAGGGCUCCACCAGUGGAAUUGCCAAGAUGGCCCACCUUGAAGAUGGCCUGCCAAGAUGGCGGUGGGGCUUACAUUUGCAUGGGGGAGGUGUGAAAUUCUUUCGGUGUUUCUAAGGGCAGCCAGUAUUUCAGGGGGGCUGCUCAGUCUAGCUGUAAGAUUUCCAAAAUGGAGAGUCUUGAUUUGCUGUUCUUUGCCCUUGUGGCGAUGUUUGGAGAAUUUGUUUGGGGUAAUCACCAUAUGCCUUUAAAAUCUGUCUUCCGUCCUUUGUGGGUGAAGGGAGGACCGUUGCCCAGGACCUGCUGACUUCCCCAAAACAGGGAGUUUUACUUGAAACCAAAUCUGCUCCCUUGUCUGUCGGGGGGGGGGAGUGUCCAGUCCACUUGGGAUGCAGCCCCGUGUGGCCUGAUUGCUAAAGCGUGGUUAAUAUUGGCAGGAUGCAGCACUUGGCAAUGUGGCUUGAGUGAAAGAGGGACUUUCAGGUGAUGAUGUCAUAUCUGUGCCAAACUGUGUGCUGACAUCACAACCUCUGCGCAAUGAUAUGGGAACGAAAGGCUUUCAUAGGGAAACUGGCCACUGUGAAAUGGAAUAAAUCGUUGUGGUGAUGUAACCGUAUGACAAUCAGAAAACUCUGCACUACUGUUGCCAUUGCGAUGACAUCACAGGAGAAGAAAAGUGAAGCUUUGAAUUCUGGGGGGGGGUCUCGCACUGGUCACGUGAGACCAAGAAGAGCUCAAAGAAUUCUACAAGCACGGGCACGAGACUGUGAUAUCCGUGUGGAGCGGCUGCGGACACGGGCCAUCCUUCUGUAUGGUGUGACACCAGGAUGCUACCGACAGCCCUCUUAAUGACAUCAGUAUGAUGUGCCUCUGGACAAAGCUUGGGUGCUGGUGGAUGAUGUCUCAGGAGCCGGCCUGUGAUGUCGUAACCAAGCAGAACUUCUUUUGUAUCCAUUCUUUAACCUUCAUAUUGAAGGUGGUGAUGUUGAUUUUUAUUAAAAAAUUGUAUCUUGU